CCCCCUAACAGGAAACCCCCAACAUCAGCCCCCUAACAGGAAACCCCCAACAUCAGCCCCCUAACAGGAAACCCCCAACACCAACCCCUAACAGGACACCCCCAACAUCAGCCCCCUAACAGGAAACCCCCAACACCAACCCCCUAACAGGAAACCCCCAACACCAACCCCUAACAGGAAACCCCCAACACCAACCCUGAGUAAAACUACAACUAAAGCAUUUUAUUUUGCACUUUACUUUUUAUUUAAAAAGCGUUCGAACGAAGGAUUUCCCUUCCUUGACCACCACAAAAUGAACAGCCCUUCUUGACAACUGGGCGGAAGAAUAAACAUGUCUGAAAAUGACAUGAUGACAUGUUUCUACAUAAAUGUAGAAAUAUAUAAUUUCUAAUUGCACUGUAGAAUAAUACCUGUGAACUGAGUCUGGUCAUUUCCAGAACCAAGCAUUUAUUCAUUUUGUUUGCAGGUUAAAUUAUUUUAUUUUUUUCGUGAAUGCAGCGUUUAAAAAAAAAAUGCUUCUCUCUCUUGACCAAAAUUGAGACAAUGUCACUCUAUAUCAGGGAUGGGAAACUUUAAUGGGGGUGGGGGCCACAAAGAAAUCGGAACUCAUUAUGAGGGGCCGUAAUGGUUCAUGGGCCUGCAUACCCACAUCCAUACCCACACAUGCAAUCAGAGCCAGCCCUCUCCUUUUGGGGGCCCUGAGUGAAAUUUUUAUGACCCCCCCCCCCCCCCCCUCUUGCGAGCAAGACAUUUUAGCGUCACCCUUCUUGACAGUGGAGAGAGAGAAUGUAUUGUUUUAGUUUAUUUCCUGUAAUUCUAUACAUUUUGCAGUUUUAAAGCAAGUUUGCUGCAAUUCUACACAUUUUGCCAUGGGGCGGUGAGAACAUUUUAAAAUUUUAUAACAAAUUUCAUGCAAUUCUAUUUUUUUUUUUUUUAUGCAAUGGGGCAGAGAGGACAAGUUUCAGUUUUACAGCUAAUUCCCUGCAAUUCUACACAUUUUGCCAUAGGGUGGAGAUAAAUGUCUGCAGUUUUUCAUAUGAUAUCUGAGUGAGAGUAAUUAACAAAAUCAACGGAGGCCCCCCUGGUCAGUAACUCGACCAUGAUUACUACAAAUUUAGGUAGCUGGCUAGACUAAUUUACCAAUCAACAUUUUUUUUUUUGCUGAUAUGGGCUAAUUGAGUGGCUGUCAGUGACUUACAUAACUGCUGAUGCACAACCAACAUUUUGAAAUGACACCGUGGUGUAUUCUACUAUUCUACCUAGCAACAGUAAGUUGAGACCCCGACUGAGUUCCCUGGAGGGGGUUCUAUAUGAUGUCACUCUUAUGUUUUGUGUGUCGCAAACGACAAAAGAAGAAUCACAAUGCAUCUAACUGUAGAUAUCAAAAUUGUUCUCUUUUAAUACAUGUUCUAAGAAAAUAACAUAUUGUUGAAGUGAAUGGUUCUAAAAAGCUCAAGCGCUUACAUUUUCCAUAAAGUGACUGAAGAGAAAUCUCCGUCCACACAUUUUAAGAGACCCUCCUCUAGUUUGUAGGAAAAAAUGUAGCUGUUUGUAAAAGUAAAUUUCCUACAAUGCUACAGAUUUUGCCAUACUGUGUUCUUGUGCUCUCUGGGCAUAACAAAAUCAAUGGGGGCCCCAUACCAAGACAUCUUGGGAAUUUUAAAUUCUCCUGUUUUUUUUGGAGUGGCGGCAAGUGAAUGGAAAAAAGGGAAACACUGCUAAGGAUGUGUUUACACAGGCAGUCUAAUUCUGAUCUUUUGACCAAUCAGAUCAGGUAUUUUGCCAAUAAUUGGUCAAAAGAUCAGAAUUGGGCUGCCUGUGUAAACUAAGUAGUCUCAGGAAGGAUUUGUAUGUUUUUUUUUAAAUUGUUUUUUUACUAUAGUCAGGUUAAGAUACGUGGCAUGUUCACACAAUGUCUGAUGUGUAUUUGAAUGUACUAGUGAGUCCAGGGGUGUAUUCACUAGGAUCUAAAAGGAAGGAAACGUGUAGGGACCCACCUAUCUGAAUUUGUCCAAUAUAAACUCUUGUUUCUGUUGUAAAACCUGGGGUGUAUUCAUGGAUUAACUGUAUACCAAAUGGCACCCUAUUCCCUAAAUAGUGCACUGCUUUUGACCAGGGCCCCAUGGGGCAUAGUGUUCCAUUUGGGAGGCACCUAUAUGAUGUUAAUAUACUUUAAAAAAAAUAGAAUUUGUGGCUGGCAGGCAUGCUUUAGAGGGGACCCCACUCACUCAGCCGGGGUUGGGGUCAAUCCCAUUUCAAUUCAGGAAGUGAACUGAAAUUCCAAAUCAAAUUUUACUCAAAUGUGAGACAAAUGUGGAAUUGAAAUGGGAAUUGACCCCCAACCCUGACGUACAAAUCAUUUGAAAAAACUUGAUGGCCACAUGUCACAUUAAAUUACAUGUAAGCUGCCCACUCACUGCAUUAUAUGUACACAAUGAAUCACAAACUUCUGUGGCCAUCUUUGUCUUUGAAAUGUACAGAAAUACAUGACAAGCUUUCAAAUCAUAACAUUCAUCAGUUUUGUCAGUGGAAGAAAGCAUUAACAUGUGUAUAAGGGCAUGGUGUUGCCUUUUGGUAUGUGGUCACUGAAGACCGAAGAAGCAAUGUGAAGAAUGCUGUAGGUAUAUGGAGUACUGCAUCCUGAUUUACUAAACUAAACACAUCUGUUCUGAUUCGGAAUGGUUGAUAUGAUUCUGGUUCUAUUAAACACAUCUGUUCUGAUUCGGAAUGGUUGAUAUGAUUCUGGUUCUAUUAAACACAUCUGUUCUGAUUCGGAAUGGUUGAUAUGAUUCUGGUUCUAUUAAACACAUCUGUUCUGAUUCGGAAUGGUUGAUAUGAUUCUGGUUCUAUUAAACACAUCUGUUCUGAUUCGGGAAUGGUUGAUAUGAUUCUGGUUCUAUUAAACAUCUGUUCUGAUUUGGAAUGGUUGAUAUCAAAUCAAAUUUAUUUAUAUAGCCCUUCGUACAUCAGCUGAUAUCUCAAAGUGCUGUACAGAAACCCAGCCUAAAACCCCAAACAGCAAGCAAUGCAGGUGUAGAAGCACGGUAUGAUUCUGGUUCUAUUAAACAUCUGUUCUGAUUCAGAAUGGUUGAUAUGAUUCUGGUUCUAUUCAACACAUCUGUUCUGAUUCAGAAUGGCUGAUAUGAUUCUGGCUCUAUAAAACACAAAUGUUCUGAUUCGGAAUGGCUGAUAUGAUUCUGGUUCUACGAUUCUGUUAAACCCUGACGAUGAAAGAACAGUGUAACACAGACAUGAUUUCUCUUCACCUGUUCGUUUACUCAGCAACUUAAUUUUAAUCCUAUUUAUUGCAGUGCAUGUUAUGGUUUUAAGAUCAAAGUUGAACAUUUUGUAUGGAAAUUUAUGUUUAAUUGAAUUGCGUAUCACAACAUUUUGUUUUGUUCUACCAACUAAUCGGAACAUCUCUGAAAUACUAAUUUCAUUAUAAGCGUCACUUUAUUUCUGGAUUCUGACUAAUAACAUUAUAGAUAUGGUAAGACUUGCAAGUGAGACAAUGCAUUGGUAGCCCGAGCUACACACAGUCUCGUCCAGGGGCAAAGAUGUCUUUCCUGUUCUCCUUUCAACAGGAAAAUGUAGUGUUUUAUUUUGACAAGUUGUGGAACUAGGCAGAACACACACACACAACACACACACACACGGACCCCGUUGACUGGAUAGAAAAUAUGUCUCCUGCCGAGUGUGGCAGCACACGAUUUGCGGAAGUGAGGUGCCCCACUUCUGUAGCAGAGGAGCGAGCAGCACGAUGAUACGACAGUAGCCUCUCGCCGUAGCAUGGCCGCGUCACGUUCCACGCGCGUCACAAGGUCAUCGGUCGGGCUCAAUGGAUUGGACGAGAACUUCUGUGGCCGAACCCUCAGGAAUCGCAGUAUCGCCCAGCCGGAGGAGUGUCAGGGGUCACCUCUCCCCGGCAGCAGGGCCCCACGCUCUCCCAAGAAGAGACAAGAUGACCAGGCCGGGGCCUCAGAGAAGCCUGGGGGUCACCAGGGAAAGGUAGCCCACCACAAGGCCACCUUAGUGGACGGGGAGACAUGGGCAAGCCCCAGGAAGAGGGUCCUGUUCUGCUCAGAGAGAGAGGGGGUUGGGGGUUCGGAGAAGGCUGAGAACUGUGAAGGGAGGGAUGCCUCGCCGCUCCUCAAAAGGGCCAAACGGUGCUUCCGCUCUGGGGAGUCGCAUGGAUCCAAGGAUGGCCUCCCGUCUGCGCCCCCCAUGCCCGUCAUCCCCGCCUCCCCCUGUGCCCCCUUAACGACUGUCAAGGAGAACAGUGAAGGGGGUGACCUGCUCAGACAAAACUCCACCGCAGCCUCACCUUCCUCUUCUUCACCUGACCUCAACAAGGAGGAAGGAGAGGAGGAGGAGGAGGAUGACGGCCAUGUUCAGCAGCUCCUUAACUCCAACUCCCAUAAGUCCUGUAUCGGGCUGGGGCAGACCAGCAGUAUCCCUGAUGCUCAGACAAACUCCCUGUGUCUCAGCGCUGCCUCCAACACCACCUGUCCCGGUCCAGCAGUGCUGAACGGCAGCCAGAGGGGGGCACCCUGCCCCUCGCUCCCAGACCCCAUAGUGCCUUGUAGAAACUAUGAUCCUGGGCAGGAGGAAGGUAAAGACUCUGAUCCUGGGCAGGAGGAAGGGGGUAAAGACACUGAUCCUGGGCAGGAGGAAGAGUGUAAAGACUCUGAUCCUGGGCAGGAGGAGGAGGGUGAAGACUCUGAUCCUGGGCGGGAGGAGGAGGGUGAAGACUCUGAUCCUGGGCAGGAGGAGGAGGGUGAAGACUCUGAUCCUGGGCAGGAGGAAGAGUGUAAGGACUCUGAUCCUGGGCAGGAGGAAGAGUGUAAAGACUCCGAUCCUGGGCAGGAGGAGGGGGGUAAAGACUCUGAUCCUGGGCAGGAGGAAGAAUGUAAAGACUCUGAUCCUGGGCAGGAGGAGGAGGGUGAAGACUCUGAUCCUGGGCAGGAGGAAGAGUGUAAGGACUCUGAUCCUGGGCAGGAGGAAGAGUGUAAAGACUCUGAUCCUGGGCAGGAGGAGGGGGGUAAAGACUCUGAUCCUGGGCAGGAGGAAGAGUGUAAAGAGUCUGAUCCUGGGCAGGAGGAAGAGUGUAAGGACUCUGAUCCUGGGCAGGAGGAAGAGUGUAAAGACUCCGAUCCUGGGCAGGAGGAGGGGGGUAAAGACUCUGAUCCUGGGCAGGAGGAAGAGUGUAAAGACUCUGAUCCUGGGCAGGAGGAAGAGUGUAAAGACUCUGAUCCUGGGCAGGAGGAAGAGUGUAAAGACUCUGAUCCUGGGCAGGAGGAAGAGUGUAAAGACUCUGAUCCUGGGCAGGAGGAGGAGGGUAAAGACUCUGAUCCUGGGCAGGAGGAAGAGUGUAAAGACUCUGAUCCUGGGCAGGAGGAAGAGUGUAAAGACUCUGAUCCUGGGCAGGAGGAAGAGUGUAAAGACUCUGAUCCUGGGCAGGAGGAGGAGGGUGAAGACUCUGAUCCUGGGCAGGAGGAGGAGGGUAAAGACUCUGAUCCUGGGCAGGAGGAGGAGGGUGAAGACUCUGGGGAGUGUCCUGCUCCUCUUCUGGCCUCCUUUGAGGAGGACUCCUCUACUCCCCACCUGUCUGUCAGAGAAGAGGAGGUGGAUGUAGUGGGGUACUCAGUGUGUCGGGAGGAAGUGGUGACAGCGACCGAGGAGGAGGUGGAAGUGACACCGACCGAGGAGGAGGAGAGUUGCGGCGGGGGAAUUAACGGAUGGUCGUUCACGCCGCUGGUGGUGCAGAACACUGUUGCCACCAGCAUCAUCAUCAACAACAAUAUCAUCAACAACAACAUCAACAACGUAAACAACAAUAACUCAGGAGAAUUCACAAUGCCACUGCUAGCCCCCCCAACACGCUCAGACCCACCCUGCACCCCCUCUAUCUCCAGCACCUCGCCCCCCUCCUUCACAGAGCCCCACGAACACAGGUACACCCUGAGGACUUCGCCCCGUAGGGCGGCCUGCGGCGGGGGCAAGGCUGUGGCCCCCUGCUCCUCUCCCAGGUACCCUCUGAGGGAGGGGGUGGAGGCUGGGAGAGAGCUGGUCGCUACUCCUACCCUCUCCUCAUGCUCCAGUAUCCAGGCCAGUGAGGGGUCUCUCCUGUCUCCCCCGUCUGUCCCCAUGGAGCAGGGGAACGGUGGGGCCAGAAGGGACAGGGUAGGAUGGGACAGUAUGGGCCAUGGGGAGCUCUGUGAGACCAGGGGAGGCCUAGAGGAGGUUCCAGGAGGAGGAAGUCAACAGGAGGACGACCCAGACGUGUAUUACUUUGAGUCAGAUCACCUGACCCUCAAACAUAACAAAGAUUACCAGAGGUUACUCCAGACUGUAGGAGUGUUGGAGGCCCAGAGAACUCAGAGUAUACGGGACUUGGAGCGUCUGGCCAGACAGCAGAGAAAAGCUCUCCGAGACCCCGUCAGCUUUGUGGAGCAGCUGCAGAAACAGGUGGAGUUGGACCUGCCGCGUCCCCAGAGAGUGGUUCAGCUGCCAGACGUCUCAUGGGACCAGUACACGUCAGGACUGGGAGACUUCGAGAGGGAGUUCUGUAACAAGAAACGCACAACCAGGAGGCUCCAACUCAUAUUCGAUAAGGGUGAGUUGACCAGGAGGCUCCAACUCAUAUUCGAUAAGGGUGAGUUGACCAGGAGGCUCAAACUCAUAUUCCAUAAGGGUGAGUUGACCAGGAGGCUCCAACUCAUAUUCGAUAAGGGUGAGUUGACCAGGAGGCUCCAACUCAUAUUCGAUAAGGGUGAGUUGACCAGGAGGCUCCAACUCAUAUUCGAUAAGGGUGAGUCGACCAGGAGGCUCCAACGCAUAUUCGAUAAGGGUGAGUUGACCAGGAGGCUCCAACUCAUAUUCGAUAAGGGUGAGUUGACCAGGAGGCUCCAACUCAUAUUCGAUAAGGGUGAGUCGACCAGGAGGCUCCAACGCAUAUUCGAUAAGGGUGAGUUGACCAGGAGGCUCCAACUCAUAUUCGAUAAGGUUAGGUUACCAGAUGGACCAAAAAGCCCUCUGGAUCCCAAGAAGGAGGAGGGUGAACCAUCAACCCUGUACUCUGCUCUGCCCUCUAGUGACGCUCUUGAGAACAGCAACAACUCACAGGUACAUCCCACUGUUAGCCCACAGGCUAUACCCAAAGCCAUGUCAUUUAGGGCACAACUGCAGCUUGAUAACAACAUGGAUGUGUUUGUUAUGUAGCUAGCUAGGCCACAACAGCC